AUGGCCUUAUUGGAGCAAGCUGCAAAUGCCAUCGAUUCUAAAUACCGCGACGGGCUUGUGGACGAAGCGGGUCCGUCUACUCCGCCGGGUGUCCAGGAAAACCAUACCGAUGGCGGUAAGCAAUAUGAACCCUCUUCCGCCUGCGAGGAAGAUGAGGAAUGUGUGUCCGAUCAAGCUCUAGGCCGUAUGAAGGCCUCCCCCCCGCCCGCAGACUCGGUUCAAGAAGAGCUGAGGCGAUGCCGUCGCUGUGGGCAAGAUCGGGCUGGCUCUCCGGACGGCCCAGAGGGCGUCCCUGUGCACUUCCUCGAAACAAUUCUGGAACAAUCAAUUCCUCUGAGGAAGCUGACCCAUGGGCCCCAAUUGUCAGACAUCAAGGAGGAAUCAAUGGAGGACUUGAAGGAACCGGAGCUCUACCAGCUUUACCGCCAUGGUGCUGUACGGCUACCAUCCUCAGGUCGCGAUAAGCGCCUACCGAAUGAACGGUGGGAACGCAACCGUCAGGCACUCCAAUACAUGGGUCUUUGGGUAGACAACCCCGAGGAAAAAGAUGCGUGCUCAUCAUUGCACUACGACGGGGAUCUUGGAAGUAUGGAACGAGUUCGAUCUUGCAAUACUUCGGGGACAUGUGUGGCCUCGCUGCGGUCAACAAGUAACCCGAUCCAAGAGCGGGAUUGUACAGAAGCUACUUCUGAGGCAGCUUCGGCCAUGACGGACUACGAGUAUGAGGCCCGCGAACCCCAACAGCUGCCACCAGAAGCUCCCCCACACGACGCGAGCCGCCCCCGGUACCUGCCUCUCACCGGACCGGUCAACAGUGUGGCUAAAAAGACGGGAGCUGAUGGCGGGCCGCCCCAGAUACGGGUGAUUCCUCCUGAUGAUGACGACGUGAAUACAGACAUAUCGGAGAACCAUGUGCCAUGGAACAGUCGUGUUAGUGCCUUGAUGGCGUUGCGGAGACAUCCUUAUUCACCACCCGAGAACGACUCUGAGACGGAAGCAUCUUCGUGCUCAGGCAAGAGCAAGAAGCCCCCUGGCAUGUCUCCUCUAUGGCUAAGCCCCCCCUCCUGCGAUAUGACUGCUGGCUGUGGCGGAACGUGGGUCUAA